AUGGAAUCAAAAAAUACCUUAAGCCCUUUUUGGGCAGAAAAAUACAAACGAGAAUCGAAAAAAUCAUGGGAUAAAUUUUACAAACGAAAUGAGACUCGAUUCUUUCGGGAUCGGCAUUGGCUGGAUCGGGAAUUUGAUAUAUACUUUGGAUUACCUGACAAAAGACCAUUAACACUACUAGAAGUAGGCUGUGGUGUUGGAAAUUUGGUUUAUCCAUUGCUGGAGGUACAACCGAAUUUAAAGGUCUAUUGUUGUGAUUUCAGCCCCCGUGCCAUUGAGUUUGUAGAAAAGCAUGAGCAUUUCAAUGAAUCCAGCGUUGUUCCUUUUGUAUGCGAUAUAACAGAAGAUCGCUUGGAUCAAUGGGUUCCAGAUGGCGGUGUCGAUACUCUAACAGCCAUCUUUGUGCUUUCAGCACUUCCUCGUGAAAAACAGCAGGACGCCAUUUGCAAUUUGUCAUCGGUAUUAAGCCCAAAAGGACAUUUGGUAUUUCGAGAUUAUUGUGAUGGUGAUUUUGCUCAGGAGAAGUUUCAACAGAGCUCUGAUCCUUCUCUUAUAGAUGAACGAACUUUUGUUCGUCAGGAUGGGACAAUAUCAUACUUUUUUGUCGAAGAUGAAUUAAAUCAUUGGAUGGAAAGUGCUGGUCUUCGUUUAAUCUCGCUGGAUCGAGUUAGUCGAACGGUCGACAAUCGGAAACGAAAUCUCAGUAUGGAUCGAACAUUUCUUCAAGGGGUUUGGGAAAAAUGUAGAUAA